AGUAGUAUUAUAAAUUCAGUUUCGGCUUUUGAUUCUUUAAAAUAUAAAUUAAGUGUGAUCGUAAUUUGAAGCAGUGUUUUUUGUUCAGUUCAUGAAAUAAUAUUUGUACGAAGUAUUUAGGUUAACGUUGCCUACAAAUAUGAGUAACAAUACUUUUUUGUCGACUCGUUUGAUGGCUGGAGCAGCUCUUGUGGGACUAGUGGGUGCUGCAGGUGUCUUCAUAUAUGAACAAAUCUAUGCAGAAAAAAGAAGAGCGAUGUUAGUAAGAGAGGUUGCCCGCCUUGAUAAACAAGUUUCAACCAUGCGAUCAGAAUUGGAAGCCUUAAGAGAGCUACAGAAAGAAACUCAACUUCGACGCAUGAAGCAGAAGCGCAGUCCAAGACCGAAAGAAGUCAAAUCACCUAAAGCUGCACCCUUAGGUGACACUGUUGAUGCUCCGGAACAAAGCUAUGCCUCUGAUUCUGAAUAUUUUACUGACUAUCAAUCUGUUAUAGCAACUGACGGUGAAAUGGACAGCGAGGAGUUUUAUGAUGUCCCCACAGAUGAUGAAGAUGACACACUGCGCGAGUCACUACGCAAUGGAAACGCUGCGAAAUUUACCCUAGAUGAUGACAAAUCAGAUAAACUAGAUCUUCCAGUACAACAAAAUGUUAAAGAAAAUAGCACAUAGCCUUCAUAUAAAAUAAGGUUUUAGCGAAGCAUAAUUUGAAUUAGUUUGUUUUAGCAAUGGUUUAGGCUUAGAACUGAUGGCUAUUAGGUGGCUAAUGUAUUCCAAAUGAAAUCUAUAUUAAAUUAAUACCAAAAAAUGUAUCCAAUCAAUAAUGC